CCUAUUUAAUAAGAAAAUAAAAAAAAUAAAUCAUAAUGAAUGAAAAUAAAUCAAAAAAAGAAAAUUUUACAAAUUCAGGAAAAAAUUAUGCAACUAAAGAAAAACAAAAUAAUAAUAAACUAGAAAAUGGCGAUGGUAAAAAUUAUAGAAAUGGAAAUGAAUUUCCGAAUAAAUCAUUAAAACCAUUAGAAUUUGAAAAAAAUUAUUCUGAAAAUGAAAAUUAUCGAAUAACAAAAAAUGUUGUAAUUAUUGGAAUUGCAUUUAUGAUUCAUUUCACAGCAUUUCAUGGUACAACAAACUUACAAAGUUCUAUUAAUUCAGAUGCUGCACUUGGUACAACAACUUUAGCUAUUAUAUACGGUUCUCUAAUAUUAUCAAAUAUAUUUUUACCAGUGACUGUAAUAAGAUGGUUUGGUUGUAAAUGGGCAAUGGCAUUUUCAUUUAUGGCCUAUAUGCCAUAUAUAGCAGCACAAUUUUAUCCAAGUUUUUUAACAUUUAUACCAGCUGGAUUAGGUGUUGGAUUUGGUGGUGGUCCAUUAUGGUGUGCAAAAUGUACUUAUUUAUCAAUUGUAGCUGAAGCAACAAAUAAAAUUGUUGGUAAAACAAUAGGUGGUGAUGUUACAGUUGUUCGAUAUUUUGCUGUUUUCUUUGUAUUUUAUCAAUUAGCACAAGUUUGGGGCAAUUUAAUUUCAUCAUCAGUGCUAACAUUUUCAACGGGAACUUCAUCAUAUUAUGAAAAUUUAACAAUGUUAAGUAAUUUAAAUGAAAUUCAAAAUAAUGUUGGAGAAAUUUGUGGUGCAAAUUUUUGUCCUGGUAUUGAUGCUAAAGUUAAUUCUAAUUUAAUACCACCAGAUCCAGCAAAAAUUCGUACGCUUUCUGGAAUAUUUUUAAUUUGUAUGGCAAUAGCAUUUUCUUUAAUAGCAUUAUUUGUGGAUAACCCUAAAAGAUAUGGUGUUACGAGAAAAAAUGCAAGUCAAGGUCUAACGGGAAUAAAACUUUUAUCGGUGACAUUAAAAUUAUUAUCCGAAAAAUAUCAAUUGUUGAUAUUACCAAUUACAAUGUUCAUUGGUGCUGAGGAAGCAUUUAUAGCUGUUGAUUUUACAGUAUCUUUUAUUGCUUGCGGUUGGGGAAUAUCACGUAUUGGAUUUGCAAUGAUUUGUUUUGGCAUAUCAAAUGCAAUUGCUGCUGGUUUUGCUGGUGCAGUUGCAAAAUAUUUUGGAAGAAUAAGUAUUAUGAUAUUCGUUUAUUUAUUACAAGGUUCAUUAUUAAUAUGGAUGUAUAAUUGGCGUGCAGUUGAAAACGACUAUAUUAGUUAUUGUGUUCUGGCUGCUAUAUGGGGUGUAUGUGAUGGUAUUUGGCUUGUAAAUGUAAAUGCAUUCUGUGGUAUUUUAUUCCCUAAAAAUGAAAUCGCUGCAUAUGGUAAUUUUAGAUUAUGGGAAUCAACUGGUUCUGUGAUUGGUUAUGCUAUUAGUCCAUAUUUGUGUACUUCAACAAAAUUAUUAGCUUUAAUUGCUUUAAUGACAGCUGGAAUGAUAGGAUAUGGCAGUAUUGAAUUUCUUGAACGAAAACAAAAAGGAAUUGUUGAUCGAAAAAAUAUUGAAUUAAUUGAGACUGGAGAUUUAAGAUAUGGUGAAGAAAAACUUGAUGAUUUAUAAUAUAGUGUUUUAUUAAUAUUAAUAAUUUUUUAAAUAAAUU